AUGACAACAGGUAAAGAUCUUGAGCAGAAAUUUGAAAAAGUUUUCAGACAUUCUCCUAGCCCAUUUUCAGCAGAUUUCUCGCUGGAGGACAAAGCUAAUUACCUUAAGGCAGGAAAUGAUAUGCUGAAAGCGCAAGCUGCAGAAAAACUUGAAGCGCAAGUCAAGGACAUUGCGGGUAAGCAGCAGGAAAUAGCAAGAAGGGAAGCAGCUCUUGCUGAAAAAAAAGCAGCUUUUGAUAAAGAAGCCCGCGAAAACCUAGCGAAAAUCGAUGAAAAAGCAAAAGCUGCGGGUGUAUUGAAUGAUUCAGGAAAGGUUAUUUCUCCAUUAAACGAGCAAACUAAUAAAACAAGUGAUGCUGAAACGCAAACAAAUGAAUCACAAGUAGAAAUUUCGGAUUUAUUGAAUAAUUCAGGAGAGAAUGCUUCUGUGGCAAAAGAGCAACCAGAAAAAGAUAAUACUGCUACAAAAAUGGUUGCUGCAGAAGUAGAUAAUGGGAAUGCUACUAGCACAGCACAACAAAAUAUAGCAAGACCUAAUGAACAACAAGUACAAGAGCAACCAGAAAAGGAUGAUACUUCUGCAAAAGCUGUUGCUCAAAAAGUAGAUAAUGCUGCAGGGAAUGAUAACCAAGCUCAAGUAAAAGAUGCUUUUGCUGAAACAGCACACAAAAACCAAGAAGGACCCGAUAAACGAGCAAAAGCUCUUGGUUUGUCUAAUAAUACAGAUAAAAGCGAAAUAGAAGAUAGGAAAGAAGCUAGUGCUAAAAACUUGCAACAAGUACUAAGCAGCAUAGAUGUACUCAAUGAAACAAUAGAAGUUACUAAGCAAAACAAAGAAGCUCUUGAGAAAAUGGUAUACAAAGAACUAGAGGUAAUGGAUAAACAACAAUCUACGGAUUUGUCUAAUAAUACAGAUAAAAGCAAAAUAGAAGGUAGGAAAGAAGCUAGUGCUAAAAAUUUGCAACAAGCACUAAGCAACAUAGAUAUACUCAAUAAAACAAUAGAAGUUACUGAGCAAAACAAAAAAGCUCUUGAAAAAAUGGUAUACAAAGAACUAGAGGUAAUGGAUAAACAACAAGCAAAAGCUCCGGAUUUAUUGAAGAAUUUAGGUAAAACAGAAUCUCAAGAAAGCCCAAAAGAAGGUAAGGGGUUGUUCAGUAAAGUGAUUCAAGGAGCGAUUCAAAUUGUAACAAGAAUGUUCAGGAAUGUGCUACCAGAAGAGAUUAACGAUUAUAGAGCUGAGAAUAAAGAUCAUAGUGUAGCUGCUCAAAUUGUUCAUGGUGACAACACCAUUACUUAUAAUACUUCCUUUAUGCAUAUAAAUAAACGGGAAUUUAAACUAGAACCAGGAAAAGACUUUCAUUAUCAGAGUGAGGGUGUUGAUAUCCGUAUUACAUACAAUACACAGCACACUGUUCCAGGUGCGAUGAAUCUUAACAUCAAUGGUACAGAGUAUAAUAUUCAACCUGGUAAAUUCGCGAGAUAUAGAAAUCAUGGGUUGGAAGUUGAUGUGGUACACGUCCGCCAACAGGGUAUGGAUAUAAAUCAGAGUCAAGAGGUAGCCGGAAAAGAUGUCAAAACACAACAAGCAUUAGAAAUUUCUAAUAUAAAAGCAAAAACACCAAAACCUAGUAAAAUUCUAGAAAAUAUAAAAGUAGGAAAUUUAACACCUGCUAACACUCCUCAUGUUCCAAAAAGUUCAUGGCGUGGUACUGUAGUUUAA